AUCAUCAGUGUUCCCGGGGAUUCCAGUAAAGCGGAUAUCAUAAAAAAAACACGUUUCUUCUCUCUAAUGACUUAAUUGAAUAAUAUUCCUCAUCCAAAUUCCUAUAUGACUUUGUAAAACUACUCAGAGAUAGAGUACAUGGGAGCAAUAAAGCAGAGAUCCACUAUCGGUUUUACUGUAAACACGAAACAUUUUAAAACCCUUGCAAGAGUAUUACAGUUUACUGCGGGAAUAAAAAAGAAGACCGUGUAGUUCUACUAUUCCGAAUCUGUAGUCAGAAAAAUUUUAUGAUGUUUACUCCCAUUCACUUCCUUCGCAUUGAAAACUAACAAUGCAGUACAAGUUAUUUUAAUUAUUCUAGAAUGCAGAAGGCGUGAAUAAUUCUGUUUACCCAUGUCAAAGACACCGCCUUACACAUGUUAUUCGGACAAUUCACGCCAAUGAAUCAGCAAAACAUUGUAUCUUAUCAUACUUCCAAAUAAACAGUAAUUAAUUCAGCAAUCUAUACAAUCAGACUCGGCGAGAACUUUGCCCAGGUUUAUUGCACAUCACAUUUGUACCGACGUACGCCAACGCUACGUUCCGAGUCACAGACCACACUCUGGCCAGAAAACCUUGUCACUCCUAGAAAAAUAGAAAUCAGUAUAUAACACACAAAAAGAUAACAUUAGCUAUAAAAUGAGUAGUCAGUGGAAAUUUGAGAAUUUGGAUGUAACUCAGAGGAAGGGCCUCUUAAUCAUAACAAUAAAUAGACCCAACAAGAAGAACGCGUUUUCACGAAAGAUGUAUGAAGGUGUAACACAGAUUCUGAAUGAUGCAGCACAUAAUGAUGAAGUUUCAAUAGUAGCUUUUACAGGUGCAGGAGAUUACUAUAGCAGUGGAAAUGAUCUGUCAGGAUAUUCAGAUUAUGAAGGUGCCAGUACUGGAUUUAAUGCAAAGACGACAGACACUGUGAAGAAUAUGGUUACAGCAUUCAUUGAUUUCCCAAAAAUAUUGGUAGCUGUAGUGAAUGGUCCUGCCAUUGGUAUUGCAGUAACUAAGUUGGGCCUGUGUGAUGUUGUAUUUGCAUCUGAAAAGGCAACAUUUCGUACUCCAUUUACUAUCUUAGGGCUGUGUGCAGAAGGCUGCUCAACAUACACAUUUCCUCGAAUUAUGGGCACAUCGAAGGCUGGGAGUAUGCUUUAUUUCAAUUACCAGAUGGACGCGAAGGAAGCAUACACUUGUGGCUUAGUCAGUCAUUUAUUCAAAACAAAUGAUCUGCCAAAUGUACUACAGAAACUGGAAGAAGCCUCCACUCUGCCUGUCAAGUCGCUAAUGGCAAAUAAGAAACUGAUGCGGAAAUGGGAUCAAGAUGCUUUGCACAGAGCAAAUGAACUUGAAAGUCAGCAGCUAGAGGAGCGAAUAGCAUCUGAAGAUUGUGUUAAUGCGAUAAUCAAAUUUAUGCAAUCACGAAAUAAGCUCUAAAUAGUAUUUUCUGUUAAUCACAUGGCCAGAGCUGUCUUGGUACUCAAUUCUGUUACAUCACUCUGACAAUGCAUCACAUAUAAAUAUUAUACUCCAGCUACAACAAUGAUCAUGCUGUUAUCAUAAAAAUAGGACUAAAUAAGUGCCUUGUUGCAGUCUUGCCUUACAUCACUCUGAUAAUGUAUCGUGGCUAGGGUAUUCAUUAAAGGAGCAGCUUGUGACCUUUUUUUUUUU